AUGUCCCGACCAACACGACCUUCAACAUCUGGCGGGUUCAACCCCAACCUCCGUCUCGAUCGGGAAGUCUACGGGAUAAUCCAAACGUUGGAUUCGCAGAGGGAAAAACCGGGGAGGUUGGCAGUUUCGACGGUUUAUGACGCGAUCAAGAAAUCAAAUUCCAGUGUGGCGAGGCAGAAGAAGAAGGUUUUGGAGGAGUCGAUUGAGCGGGUGCUGGAGGUGAGGGAAAAGCAAAUGAAGAGGGAUCGGGAGGGGGAGGACGAGGAGGAUAGUGAUGAGGUUGUGGAACGGAUGGAGAGGGAGAGGAGGGAGGCGAGAGAUGCGGGACUGUUGAAUCGGCAGAUUGCGAGGGGGUGGGGGUUUGGGAGUGCGAAGAGUGAUGAUGGGGGGAGGUCUGUGGAGGAUAACGGGGCGGGUCAGGAUGGGGAGGAGAGGCCUCAGGCUACUGUUGGGACGCCUAAGGAUGGUACUGACAGGCCUAAGGAAACGACUGAUAGGCAUGCGAAUGGGGAACCAAGGCCUAAAAAACGAAAGGGCACGCCCAAGGAGGUGGACAGAACGCCCCCGACAGGAAUCUCGAUACGGGAUAUCGCCGGUGUGGACGACACGUUGGAGAGGCUGAUGCAGGAGAUCUGGUUCCCGUUGAAUGCCGGGGAGGCCUGUGAGAAAAUGGGGUAUCGGUAUGGUAAUGGUGUUUUGCUUCAUGGGCCGUCUGGCUGCGGCAAGACCACGCUUGCGCACGCUGUUGCUGGGAGCGCGGGCGCGGCGUUUAUCCCCAUUUCUGCGCCUUCCAUCGUUGGUGGUACGUCGGGCGAGUCGGAGAAGAAUAUCAGGGAUGUGUUUGAUGAGGCUAUUCGCAUUGCGCCAUGCCUCAUUUUUUUCGACGAGAUCGAUGCCAUUGCUGGCAAGAGAGAGAGCGCGAACAAGGGAAUGGAGGGCAGAAUCGUGGCCGAGAUUAUGAACGGGAUGGAUCGGAUCAAGAGGAACACGCCGCUGGGAAAGAACGUGGUGGUUUUGGCGGCUACAAACAGACCAGAGUCGCUCGACCCAGCGAUCCGGAGACGGUUCGGAUCGGAAGUGGACAUGGGCAUGCCGAGCGAGAGGGCGAGAGAGCAGAUUCUGCGGUCGUUAUCACGGGAUUUGAAUCUUGCCGAAGAUGUCAACUUCAAGGAGCUCGCCAAGCUGACACCUGGUUACGUGGGCAGCGAUUUGCAAUAUGUCGUCACGGCAGCGGUAUCGGAGAGUUUCAGCGGCAGUCUUCAGCAGCUCCUCCAAAAGGCCCGCGGCCUCAGGCCAGCAGAUGAGGACGCCGGCGAGGUCUCCAAAGCGCAGCAGGACUGGCUCCUUCUCGAAGAACACCGGCAAGCCUCCUGGGGAGAGACGCAAAUCUCCAACGAGCAGUUCAAGACAGCUAUUUCUCGCGUUCAACCGGCCUCCAAGCGUGAGGGCUUCAGCACCAUCCCCGACACCACCUGGGCCAACGUCGGUGCCUUGGGAGACGUCCGCAAGAAGCUUGAGAUGUCUAUCAUCGGCCCUAUCAAAGAUCCAGAGCUCUUCAAUGCGGUUGGUAUCAAGCCGGCAGCUGGUAUCUUGCUCUGGGGUCCUCCAGGUUGCGGCAAGACUCUCGUCGCCAAAGCCGUCGCCAACGAAUCCAAGGCGAAUUUCAUCUCCAUCAAGGGUCCAGAGCUGCUCAACAAAUACGUCGGUGAAUCCGAGCGGGCGGUCCGUCAACUAUUCUCCCGCGCCAAGUCUUCAGCUCCAUGCAUCUUGUUCUUUGACGAGAUGGACGCCCUCGUGCCAAAGAGAGACGACUCCCUCUCCGACGCCAGCGCCCGCGUGGUCAACACCCUCCUCACCGAACUCGACGGUGUGGGCGACCGGAGCGGCAUCUACGUCAUUGGCGCAACCAACAGGCCAGACAUCAUCGACGAGGCCAUCCGUCGUCCUGGCCGCCUGGGAACCAGCAUCUAUGUCGGUCUGCCUGGUCCGGAAGACCGCAUCGACAUUCUCAAGACGCUCUACCGCAACACCAUCACUCGCCAGCAACAGCAGCAGAAAGAGCAGGAAAAGGCCGCUGCUGCGGAAGCCAUGGAUGUGGAUAAUGAAGUCGCCGCUGAACAACAAGAGCUUGAACAGGAGGCUGACUUGUCGGAAGUGGCGCUGGAUCCCAGAUGCCAGGGGUUCUCUGGUGCUGAUUUGGGCAAUCUGAUGCAGGCGGCUGCGCAGGCUUGCUUGGAGAGGGCGUACACGCUUAAGCUGCAGCAGAUGGGGCAGCAUGCUACUGCGAAGAAUGGGGUCAAGUUGAAGAAGCCGGUGAUUACGAAGGAGGAUUGGGAGAAGGCGCUGUCGGAGGUGAAGCCCAGUGUGAAAGAUGCGGAGAAGUAUGCUAUGAUUGAGUAG